AUGGCUCACCCUGCGAUCCUCGUCGCUACUCUCCUCUUAUUGACUGCAGUAGUAUUAUGGAGGCGUAGGACGCGCUCUCAUAUGCCUCUUCCACCCGGUCCGAGGGCUCUUCCCAUCCUAGGCAACCUGCUGGACAUGCCUACAAAGCGAUUGGGACCUUGCUUGCGAGAUCUGGCUGACAAAUAUGGAGAUGUGACGUACUUGAAUAUCCUUGGACAACCCACGAUCAUCCUGAACUCGUUCGACGCGGCCCACGCGAUACUGGAAGGGCGCUCGGCAAAUACCUCCGAUAGGCCGCGGAUUGUCAUGACCGAGCUAGCUGGGUUCGAUUGGCAGUUUGCGGUGCAAGGCUACACACAAACGUGGCGCAAGAAUCGCCGGGCGUUUCACGACGCGUUCCACCCGAAUGCGAUUCCACAAUAUCGGCCGAUUCACCUGCGACAGUGCCACCGCUUCCUGCAGCGGCUGCUAGAAGAACCAGAGAAUUUCAUUGCCCUUGCCCGCCACGUGUUCAGCGCUUCAAUCAUGGAUGCCGUCUACGGGAUUGUGGUUGCCGAGCGCGACGACCCAGUUUUAACCCGUGCUGAGCAGAUCGCGGCCACAUUCAGCAACAUCAUCGUUCCUGGUCGAUACAUGGUCGAACUGCUCCCCUCUCUCAGCUUCCUGCCAUCCUGGCUUCCUGGCGCGAGGUUCAAGAGGGACGCGAAGAGAUGGCGCACACAGGUCAUUGCCGCGCGCGAUGAGACUUACGAUGUAUUCAUGGAGAGCAUGGCAAACGGCAACGCUCGCCCGUGCGCCCUAUCCUCAUUAGUCGAGACGGCCACGCAGAAAGAAGGAAGCCUCUCCGAGGAAGACGAGCAGCGUUUCCGCAACGUUGCGGGCCUAGCGUAUCUUGCUGGGGCAGACACUACACUGCACUCAAUGCACGCCUUCUUCCUCGCCAUGGUCCAAUUCCCCGAGGCGCAGAAAAAGGCACAGCAAGAGCUCGACGCGGUUGUGGGUCCAGACAGGCUUCCCGAAUUCGCGGACAGAGAAGCACUGCCGUACGUCAGGGCGGUGAUUAAAGAAACUAUUAGGUGGCACACCGUCGCGCCUAUCGGAAUCUCGCAUCGCACGGUUGAGGAGGACAAGUAUAAUGGAUACCGGAUCCCCGCAGGCUCGGUCGUCGUACCAAAUGCCUGGGCGAUGUCGCAGGAUCCUGUUACGUUCCCGCAACCGGAGAAGCUUAUCCCGGAGAGAUUUCUGCAAGACGACAAGGGUGCCGCCCAUGUCAUAGAUCCGGAGAAGUUCCAGUUCGGCUUUGGUCGCAGGAUAUGUCCAGGACGGCAUUUUGCCAAUGACGCGCUGUUCCUUGCAGUCGCCUCGGUGUUGCAUGUAUUCGAUAUCGGUCCCCCUGUGGGCGAGCACGGGAAACCUCUACCCGUGGCGCCAAAAAUAGUCACGGAUUAUUUCCUAUAUCCGGAGCCGUUUCAGUGUACCAUUACCCCGCGCUCGGAGAAAGCCAGCAUGUUGGUCAGAGGCUCGGAUCUCGUUAUCAUCAAUGACGAUGAGAUGUGA